AUGCCUCCAUUAUUUUCCUUUUUAAUUGUUUCACUGCACUACUAUCUUCGGUUGUGCUCCCUUCCAAUUUUCAGCAUUCGAACUAUGGGAUCUGCCGCCUUACACAUCUGCCAGGUCGCCGCCGGAAGUGGAGAUGCAUUCUUCGAGUUUGGUAUUCACUGCUGGGAUUAUGCAGCAGCCAUGUUGAUUGUACGUGAAGCUGGCGGAUACUGCUGCAAUUAUGAUGGAUCCCCAGUGGAUUUGAUGGCACGGAAUAUCGUAUGUGCAGGCACCCCAGAGUUGGCGAAAGCCGUUUGUUCAAUCAUCCAACCCAUCCAUUAUGUCCACGAUUAACCGUCAUCCUUCUCUGGACCAGCACCUUUUUGAAGCCUUUUCUGUCCUUUUAUAUUUUGCUUUUGAAAAACGAAUAACUGCCACUCUACACUUUUCUACCACUCGCUCAUGCCUCAGUCUAAGCUGAAACACCGUCGUUGGCGGUGAACGCAUUAUUUUGCGGGUGAGCUCAGUCCGUCGGCAUCCUUCGCUCAACCGAUGAUUUGUACUUUCUCUUCUCACUUUUCCUCCCUCUGAUCUUCAACAAUCUAUCCUUGCAAAUUGACUGAUGCCCUGAACCUCUAUGAGUUUAGAUUUGAUUCCGUUUGUUUUGUUUUAUCUAAUGUGGGUGGAUGGGAAGAUCACAAGCCCUAGACGCCUUGAUUGCAUUGUUUGCUUGCCACAGUAACACACUGGGAUAAACUAGAUAUCACAUAGAAUCCAACUCUGGUUUUAACAAUGGUCCAGCAAGGCAGAUAUAGACCUUUCCACCUCACGUGACAGUAACUGCUGUAACAUUCGUU